CCUCACCCCUCGCGGCGGCGCGUGUGCCCCAGGUUUCCGCCAGAUCGCCCUGAACAAGGUGGCCGUGCUGCUGCUGGCCGGCGGGCAGGGCACGCGCCUGGGCGUGGCCUACCCCAAGGGCAUGUACCAGGUGGGGCUGCCCAGCCAGAAGACCCUGUACCAGCUGCAGGCAGAGCGCAUCCGGCGGGUGGAGCAGCUGGCUGGCGAGCGGCACCGCACCCGCUGCACCGUCCCCUGGUACAUCAUGACCAGCGAGUUCACCCUGGGGCCGACUGCCCAGUUCUUCAAGGAGCAUGACUUUUUCCACCUGGACCCUGGCAACGUGGUCAUGUUUGAGCAGCGCAUGCUGCCCGCCGUGGCCUUCGACGGCAGGGCCAUCCUGGAGCGGAAAGACAAGGUGGCCAUGGCCCCAGGUAGGCUCCCGGGGCGCAGCGAG